CACUAGCCCAGCUGUCAGGUUAUCUGCUGGUCUGUACCACCGUUAUCAUCCAAGUUUUGAUUACAGUGGUUGUUAAGUGACUCAACGGCCGACUAGACAUUCCAGGACUUUCACUAGCCCUGUGAUCUAAUGGAGCAUAAAGACUGUGUUGUUUUAAGUUUAAAGAGCUGCUGAAGAUAGUAGCGAAUGUUGCACUAAACGAAAAGAAAGAAGUUCGAUGUUGUGAUUUGAACACAGAUCAAGUUUCCGAAGAUUUUCGUGUUCUCGGACAUUCGGAUUUAAAAAUGUUCGCUUUAUGCCUGUUCAUCGUUUUGCUGAGUUUUCAAUGUAUAAACGCUCAGGACCAGAGUAAUGCGCCGCCUUGGUCUUCAACGGGAAAGAAAAAAACUAUGUUAGACGCCGAAGACAAGAUACGACUGGAAAUGCUGAGAACGAAUAGGCUGAAAAACAUGAAGUAUUUUCAAAAGCCAAGCAACAUUAAAGACUUCUGUAAAACCGCAAGCAACGCGCAGUGCAAGGACGCGCCGGUGAACGGUGCGCCGUUUCAUGUGAACGGGAUUUUCCCAAGCUUGACGGCCACCGCAGACAGCGGUCCGAUUCGUUCUGAGAGUGGGACCGGUGCGCUGAUGCCGUGGGCUGACAGUCUCUACAUGGUUUCGUAUCUCUCAGUCCCCGGCUCCGGCAGUGGCACUGGUCUUUACCAGAUCACGUCAUCUUUUGAGAUGGUCAAGAUAGCCGACCACAACUCCACAUACGCCAAUCGCAUCAUUCACAAGGAGACCAAUCAACUGAUUAUUGGUGCCUGGGCUAUCAGCCUUACCGGCAAGAUACGUCACUUCCCCCAGCUACAGAACGUCAGGGUUGCGGCUACGGCAGAGCACCUCGUGUACCCCGCUACCAUGGUGUACAUGCUAGGUAUGGACGGGCCACUUUGGGAGUGUGACGUCUUGUUGAUGAACUGCACGCAGUUGUUUGACCUGGUUACAGCCCUAAAUAUACCCGCCUCGGAGGGGGAGCAGCCCCACUUUAAAGCUGCUCACACGAUGAACGGAAGGCUUGUCGUUGCCAGCAACACAUUUGAGCUUGCAGACUUCAACGGUGCCCAACAUGGCGGUAGGCUAGCCGAAUGGACCGGGCCCGGCAACAACUGGACCAUCAUAUCAAACACGGCUUUCGUCGAGGUAGCCGGCAGACGGAACUUCGGGCAGGUGAUCUACGCGCUGGGAUGGGACUAUAGGUCCGUCAUCUUGAAAGUCUUUGAUGGCUCCGAACCAGCAUACCGCCAAUGGCAGACGUACAGACUGCCCAAAGCUUCUCACGCUUUUGACCACCUGUGGCAGACGGAGUGGCCGCGAAUCCGAGAGGUGGAGACGGAGAGGUACCUCAUGGACAUGCACGGGAUGUUCUACGAGCUGUCGCCCCUGGGUUGGGAUGGCAGCACCUGGGGGGUCCGGCCCAUCAGUCAACACCUCCGUGUGAUACCAGACUUCACAUCGUUCAAGGGAUUUCUGGUCCUGGGCGGAAAUCAGGUCUCUUCAAUCUUCGACAACAAUGUGGUAACAGGGCAAUCCCAGUCUGGUCUGUGGUUUGGGAAAACAGAUGACCUAUGGAGCUUUGGUAAACCACAGGGAUGGGGAGCAGUGUGGAGAGUUGAUGACGUGGAGCAAGGGGACGUGUCUGACCCCUAUCUGAUGACAGGGUUCGACAAGAAAGUCCUACACGUCAUCAAGCACAACAACAAUGACAGCAUCGAGAUUACCGUACAGGUCGACGUCACGGGAGCUGCAGGCCACAGAGAAUCCGAGGACUGGCUUAACUACCAAACACUGGGAAUGUCAAGUACGACCAACUACCAGCACAUCGUCUUCCCCGAUGGCUUCAGCGUUCACUGGGUUAGACUGUUUGUGGACAACUGUAACAACAACAAGGCUCCCUGCAAGAUCACGGCAUAUUUUCUCUAUACAUAGCACUGCUGUCACCUGUAACAUGAUCAGUGUGUUGCUCUAUGUGUUCACAAAAACAAAUACGCUUCAUAAAAAUGGACUUUUAAGAAAAAAAAAAAAACAUCUUGCUUGUAAAAAAAUGCAUGUGUAAAAUCGUCGUUAUAUGUUAGCCCAUAUAAUCGAUAUGAAUAUCAUAUAUGUAUUUUUCCUUAUCGCGAACAAACAGAAAGUGUUCACAUAAAGUGUUCACAUACAGAUUUACAUUUGAAGGAGAACUUUGGAAAGAUAGAGAGUGAGAGGAAGUUGAUUGCGUGUGAAAGAGAAAUGUAAAAAAA